AUGAUUGCUAUAAAUGGAACUGAUGUAUACGAUGAUCCAAAGAUUGUCGAGCAAGCUGUGCAUGAUGCUAUUGACGCUGGAUAUCGACAUUUCGAUUGUGCUUACAUUUAUCAAAAUGAAAAGGAAAUUGGCAAAGUCCUAUGUGAGAAGAUCGCGAAAGGGAUCGUGAAGAGAGAAGAUCUCUUCAUUACUACUAAGUUGUGGAACACAUUCCAUAAACGAGACAAUGUGGUGCCGGCUUGUCGAAGAUCUGUGAAGAACUUUGGACUCGGCUACGUGGAUCUCUAUCUGAUACACUGGCCCAUAUCUUAUGCGAUGUCUUCGAGAUGUCUUAUGGACAUGAUGUUGUCUGGGCAGCAUCAUGCAAUGCUGUCAUAUUGCCGACAAUGCAAAAGGUAA